AUGCAGCAACUGAGACUGGGCGGGCCGCCGGGCGCCCGUGAACCCCGAUCUUUUAAGCAGUCUCGUAUAAUUUUUGUGAAAGCUGAAGACGACAUUAGCAUCGUCACCCUCAAGACGUGCAGGUCCUCGGAAGUUGAAGAUGCUGCGCGUAUUCCGAAUUUGCCAGCCGCUUUGUACCAUCAAAGGGAAUUUAUAACUGUUGUUGAGAGAAUGAACAACCAGUCCCUGCUGCGGUGCACCCACGACGAGGCUGUGGCGGAGCUGCGGCAGGCGGGCGACGAAGUGAUCCUGACGGUGCGACACUACAAAGCGGCCACGCCCUUCCUCAACAAGGGAGACGACAACAGCUCCACCACAGAGAGCACCACCUCCCAGCUCCGGCCCGAGGAUGGCUGGCGGUCGCCCUCCAACCCCACCACCCCCACCACCCCGUCAACCACCGCCACGUCGCCCACGUCAACCAAAAUGAACAACCACAAAGUCUCGAACGCUGAACAGACCUCGGACUCCCUAGUGACCAACAACAGCACCGACUCCUCCACCAAAAGCAUCACAUCAACGACCAACAACCUCAACAAAAUCAACAGCAGCCGGAGUACCUCUGAGGUCAUCACCAACGGCAUCUCCACCGCCACCACCACCACCACCACCACCGCCACCACCAACACUGCGGACAACACCUGCAACGGACCCAAGGUGGAGAAGCAGUGGGUGGAUGUAGUCACAGUGCCCCUCAUGAUGGCGUACAUCACGAGGUACAUCUUCGGCACCGACAAGCUCCGGCCUCAGGCAUUCGAGGUGAGGGGCAUCAACGGCAUCAGCACGGGCGUGGUUCACUGCGAGGAUGCCGCGAUGCUGUCACAGUGGAUCAAGCACAUCACUAACAACAUCAUCGGACUCACGAACCUGCAGAUGAAGCUGUACAACUCCAGCUUCCCGGCGUCAGAGCACGUGCUGUAUAUGGGGUGGGUGUGCGAGGGGGUACUCAACCAGAAUCUUCCGUGGCAGAACUGGAAGCCCAAGUUCAUCGCUUUGAAAGGAACCGAUAUCUACAUGUUCGACACGCCGCCGCUCAACACCCACGACUGGCUGGAGCGGGCGUCGGUGUGGGGUCACCAGACGAUGUUCCGCGUGAUCAAGGAGUCGGAGUACGUCGACGAGCGCCAGCACUGCUUCCUCCUGCAGACGGCCAUGCAGGAGUCGCGCUACCUCAGUGUGGAGACGCGCCAGGAGCUGCUGAGGAUCGAGAACGCCUGGCACCGCGCGGUCUACAACGCCGUCACGAGACUAGGGAGCAAGACCUUCGCCGUGACCCAGGGCGGGAGAUCCUCCGGCCUGACCUUGGACUGGUCGGGCGGCUUCGCGCUCUACGACACGGAGACGCGGGACUACCAGUGGCGCUACAAAUUCUCGCAGCUCAAGGGCUCCUCGGACGACAGCAAGACCAAGCUCAAACUGCACUUCCAGAACGAAAACAAGGAAAUUGAGACUAAGAACCUUCUCUUCUGCAUGCACGCCUUCCUGACAGCUAAAGUGGCUGCUGUCGACCCAUCCUUCCUGAGGGCGCCUCCGAAGACACCGACGUAGUCAUGUCCGC